AUGGCUGCGAUCAAAGUCGCCAACCCUGGGGCCGAGGUGACGCGCAGCCAGGCGGCCUUGGCUGUGAACAUAUGCGCCGCCCGAGGGCUGCAGGAUGUGCUGCGGCCCAGCCUGGGUCCUAAGGGCGCACUAAAAAUGCUUGUUUCUGGGGCAGGUGACAUCAAACUCACAAAAGACGGCAAUGUACUGCUUCAUGAGAUGCAAAUUCAACACCCAACAGCUUCCAUCAUAGCAAAAGUGGCAGCAGCCCAGGACCACAUCACAGGAGACGGCACCACCUCGAAUGUCCUGAUCAUUGGGGAAUUGCUCAAACAAGCUGAUCUUUACAUUUCUGAGGGCCUGCACCCUAGAAUCAUAGCUGAAGGAUUUGAUGCUGCAAAGACGAAAGCACUUGAAGUUUUGGAUGAAAUUAAAGUGGAAAAGGAGAUGAAAAGAGAAAUCCUCUUAGAUGUGGCUAGAACAUCCCUGCGAACCAAAGUUCAUGCGGAACUGGCUGACGUGUUAACAGAGGCUGUGGUGGAUUCUGUCCUGGCUGUUAGAAGACCAGGUCUCCCUAUUGAUCUCUUCAUGGUGGAAAUCGUGGAGAUGAGGCACAAGUCGGAAACAGAUACACAGUUGAUUCGAGGAUUGGUUUUGGACCAUGGUGCCCGUCAUCCAGGCAUGAAGAAGCAAGUGCAAGAUGCAUUUAUCCUCAUUUGCAAUGUGUCACUAGAGUAUGAAAAAACAGAAGUGAGCUCUGGUUUCUUUUAUAAGACUGUAGAAGAGAAAGAGAAAUUGGUAAAAGCUGAAAGAAAAUUUAUUGAAGAUAGAGUGCAGAAAAUAAUAGACCUAAAACAGAAAGUCUGUGCUGAGACCAAUAAAGGAUUUGUUGUCGUUAAUCAAAAGGGCAUUGAUCCGUUCUCCUUAGAAAUGCUGGCAAAACAUAAUAUCGUAGCUCUUCGCAGGGCAAAAAGAAGAAAUCUCGAAAGGCUUGCUCUUGCUUGUGGAGGAAUAGCUGUGAACUCCUUUGAAGACCUUAAUGAAGAUUGCUUGGGGCAUGCUGGCCUUGUAUUUGAAUAUUCAUUAGGUGAAGAAAAGUUCACUUUUAUUGAGGACUGUGUGAAUCCUCUCUCUGUCACCUUGUUGGUCAAAGGACCAAACAAGCAUACUCUCACACAGAUCAAGGAUGCUUUAAGAGACGGACUUCGUGCGGUCAAAAACGCCAUUGAAGAUGGCUGUGUGGUUCCAGGGGCUGGAGCAGUUGAAGUCGCAAUAGCAGAAGCUCUUGUUAACCACAAGCACCGUGUGCAGGGAAGAACUCGCCUUGGAAUCCAGGCCUUUGCGGAUUCCUUACUUAUUAUCCCGAAGGUUCUUGCUCAGAAUUCUGGUUAUGACCUGCAGGAAACGUUGAUAAAAGUUCAGACUGAACAUGCAGAAUCAAAAGAGCUUGUGGGCAUAGACCUGAAUACAGGGGAGCCGAUGGUAGCAGCAGAAGCAGGAGUUUGGGAUAAUUACUGUGUGAAAAAGCAUCUUCUUCACUCAUGCACAGUGAUUGCCACCAACAUUCUCCUGGUUGAUGAAAUUAUGCGAGCGGGGAUGUCUUCUCUCAGAGAGUGAUUGAAUUCAAGAUCAAUUCAUCUGGAAGACAAGAUAGCAUGCAUGUCAUAUCCAACACCGUCUUAUGGCCUUAACUGUUACAAAAUAAAUGUGGUGUGUAGCUUUUGGUCUCA